AUGGAAAUGUUAGAGGUCAUGGACAGUGCAGGAUACUCGUGGGAGGAGGUAAAGCCUCCGUCGCCAUCUCCUCCUUCCGCAGAGAAUGCCCGUCUCAUACCUCCAGAUCCUGUCUUGAAACCUCAGCAACUCUGCGGCCACCUGAGUAAAGCUACCAGAGGGCCGAUAAAGACAUGGAAGAGUAGAUGGUUUGUCUUCGAGGACCACCGAUGCUGUCUUUUUUACUACAAUAGCCAGGCUGACUUCACUCCUCAAGGCUGUAUCAACAUCAGCAAUGCAGUGUUUUCAUACUCGGCAGAAGAUUCUGCAAAGUUUCAGUUUGAAAUCAGAGCGGAUGGUCGAGUACACUAUCUACAGGCCAGCAGCAAGGAUGCCAUGUUCUACUGGUUGAAUCAACUACAAAUUCGCAGGAAAAAGUACAGUAAACACACAAAGAAGGAUGUUUUCAAGAAAAAAGCCGUAGCAGGGGAACAGGGUGGAGAAGUUGCUACAGGAUCGCCUGAAGACAGUGGCAGUGACGAUGAUGGGGAUUGGGACAAAGUUCCCGAUGAAAUGGGGCCAGUGGAGGCUCCAGAGAGCAGAGGAGGCAGACCUGGGCUGAGCAGUGGAAGUUCAUUCAGAGAAAGACUCUCCAUCAAACAGCAAAUAACAGGCCUCUUCCGACCCGGGCAGGCCGCCCAGCCACCCAGCACUCAUCAACAGUCCACUCAUGAAUCACCGAGAAUGAAGAAACGCUCUGAUGUACUUGUGGAGGCUCCCACCAGGGACAUUAGUGAAACCUGCAGUGGAGGAGCAGAGGUCUCCCCUGAACACACAUCCACUGUGCUGACCAGGUCAUCUAUGACUGAUCCACCACGCAUAUCCCUCUCACGAAAACUUCUGAACAAAGUCACUAGACACUCUCAGGUUCUGGGUGGCCCUUACUCAAGCGACUGCUUUCACUGUCAUUUGAACAAGACAAAGAUGGAGGAGCUAGAGCUUGAGUUGCAGCGAAAGGAACAGGAAGUCGCAGACCGUGAAGCAGUCAAUGAGUUUCUUCGAAGUGAGAUCAGAUUGGCAGACAUGAAAAAUAAAGUAAAGGAGGAGUUGAUGACAUCAGGUGCAUCAGGGGUUAACAUGGCCGACGACAAGAAGGUUGACAUACUGCUGCAAAGAGACCAGACAAUAGCAGAGUACCAAGGAUUGCUGGAAGAAGCCAUAAGGGAGAAGGAACACCUGACCAUUGAGAUAGAAUCCAAGAAGCAUGAGGUCCAGGUACUGGCGGAGCAGAUAGACCUGUUCACAGAGGCUGUGGCAGCCAAAGAUCAUGUUGUUGUCGACCUUACCAACAAGGAAGCUGUAGAAGCUUACAAGAACCAGAACCAGUUUCUCUCGACUGAACUUUUGGAGAUGAACCAGCUCCGCAGUGACGACCUUGCUGUGAACAAGCAACUUGUCCAGUUAGUAUAAAUCAUGUGUUUUGUAUGGUAGUCUGCCUAGCAACAUUGUUAUGGUUGAACGAAACCUUACUUCCCUUCAGGCUGUAAAAUAAGUGGUAGUGAUUGCAGUUGUGUGCAAAUUCACACAGGCUUACCUCAACCAGAUCCACUUGCUCUAUGUUAGGAGGCAUCAGACAUUCUAACGAGCUGACAAGAGACCACAAAUAUGUUUGUAAAAGUACCCCAGCCAGCAAUUAGCGGUGCUGCACAUCGUAUUCUUACGUGUGCGCAUUUGCCGAGGGCUUGCACAUUACUGCUUUUCCUUUAAACAUGAGAAAGAGCCACAGUCAUACCAGACCUCCAUAAAAACACAAACUUUGCCAGUAUCUCGCCCACGGAAACGUACAAUUUAAAACGACAAAUGCCUGGUUCCAGCGUACACGGUCAUAUGGAGCCUUGAUUGGCACAAAAUCUUCAUAAUUACACAUGUCUUAGUGCACCUAUAGUUCAUAUCAUUGAGCUACGUACCUUUUUUUAUUGUGUGCAUGCUGGCCUAUUAAGUAAAUAAAAAAAUUCUUCAAAUUAAAAGUGUUGACUAUAGGGAUGCCAUAAAAAGUAAAGAGACAAGACAGGGAUGACCUAGUGAACACGAUGCAGUAUAAUUAUAGUGCAGUGGAUGAUGGCUACAUACUUUGAACUGACAUCGCUUGCUCCUUUCAUUUUUUAUUGCAUUCACAUGCAUGGUGUGCAAUAUUUUUGGGCAUAAGCCAAUAAAAAAGGUGGCCUUUUAAGCUAUCGCCUCAGACGUUUUUUCGUCAUUCACAUUACAUCAGUGCACCAAGUUUCAUUGUGAGAGGACCCACCGUAAGUUAUAGGCUCUGCCACCAUUUAAAAGUCAUUUUUACCUGA